AUGAAUCAUUAUAGCCUUCAGCAGAACGCCUUCGAAUCCAGAGGAUUUGUUGUUCCUGUCUCCUCUGAUCCCAUCUCUCUUGUUUGUCCUAAGCCUCGCCGCGUCAUUCUCUCUAAUAACGUUAUUCAUCCGUUUAGAUUAUUACAUUCAAGUGAUUGUAAAGCUGGGGCUGAUCUUUUGGACAUCAUUCGUAGAAAGGAAGAAGAAACAUUACCUGGUGUAGCUUCAUCACCUCCAUUUUUCCUCGGGUCUCCCCCGUGCAGAGUAUCUAACCCUUUAGCUCAAGAUGCACGAUUUGGAGAUAACAAACUCAACCCUAUCUCACCCUUCCUCCCAUCUCCAUCUCCGUCUCGUGUCAAAGGUGGAGGUUGUGGUCGAGUGAAGUUUGGGAUUAAACCGGCAGCUGUUAUAGUAGAGGGAUUCGAUUGCUUAAACAGGGACCGCCAAAACUCAAGCAUACCUGCCAUGGCUUAGAAGAAGGAGCAGAGAUUCAUAAAAUCCAUAAUCCCUUUUUUUGAAGCAGAUGUUUAUAUGUUUUUUGAAUAUUAAGAAGAGUUAAAAGAUCAGUCAACAUCCUUAGUUAAGGCUUUGAGAUCAAUAUUGUGUAUAGAUACGGUAGAUUAAGAUGUGUUAUCCUGAGUCUCACUGUAACAUAUCAAAACACUUUGGAGUGUUUGUUCUUUUCUUUCUUUUUUCUUAUCUGUAUGAAAAUCUAAGUUCUCUU